AUGCGUAUGCUUUCGGAACAAGAAGCCAACGAGAUCGAGGUGACGUGGGAGGACCAACAAUCGAUCAAUGCCUUUUCGCGCCUCAACUCGACCUACGCGGACAUCGAGGAAGACCUGCGCAUCAAGCGCGAAGAGCGCGAAGCCCUCGACGACCUCUCUAUGGAACUCGAACUCGCCGAUGAGGACGAAGUCGUGCUGUACCGCAUCGCCGAUACUUUCGUUUCGCUCCCCCACGCAGAAGCCCUCGAACGCCUCGAGGCCGACCAGAAACUAGCAGACGACCAAAUCGACCAACUCGCACAGAGUCUAGACACCUACGACAAUCAGAUGAAACAGCUCAAGGUCAAACUCUACGCAAAGUUCGGCGACAACAUCAACUUGGAGCGAGAUUAA